AUGUCAACAGAUCUACAAUUACCGAACAACAAUCUACCUUCAAUCCGACUCAAUCCGAUCAAAAUCAAGCUUCCAGAAUCAUCAUCAUCAACAACAGAGAACGACUCAUCAUCAUCAUGCACCGUUGAAUCUGAGAAAUUAGGUCUAGAAACUGUACUCGAAGAAUGUCAAACGCCGACGUCAUCAGAGCAUAAGAUACCUGAAAUCAUGACGUGUCCUCCGGCGCCUAAGAAACAGAGGAUGUAUGUUCCGUCGUGUAAGCGAAAGAUAUCCGAAUUUGAAUUGUUUGAGAUCGUUGCGCCUGAUGAGAUCCAAUCGUUCUUCAACUCUAGCAUUGAAAUAAUCGAUCGGAAUUCUGUUACGAAUAAGAGAAGGUGUCAUAAUCUGUAA